UGUCAGCAGGGAGGCUGAGGGCAGGGAGGGGAGGACACCGCGCUGCGGGCCAGAGGAGGCGCCUCCUGAGAUGGAGAAGUUCAAAGCGGCCAUGCUGCUGGCAAGUGUUGGCGACGUGCUUGGCUACGGGAGCGUCUGCAGGGAGAACAGUGCUUCAGGCUCCAUCCAGGAGCAGCUCCAGAAGGUUGGGGGGCUGGACCACCUCGUGCUGUCUCCAGGAAAGUGGCCAGUGAGUGACAACACCGUCAUGCACAUGGCGACCGCCGAGGCCCUUACCACAGACUACUGGUGCCUGGAUGACCUGUACCGUGAGAUGGUGAGGUGCUACGUGGAGAUCAUUGAGAAACUUCCAGAGCACCGUCCUGACCCAGCCACUGUGGAGGGCUGCUCACAGCUGAAGCCACAUAACUACCUGCUGGCCUGGCACACACCCUUCAGUGAAAAGGGCUCGGGGUUCGGAGCAGCCACCAAAGCCAUGUGCAUCGGCAUGCGGUACUGGAAGCCAGAACGGCUGGAGACCCUGGUGGAGGUCAGCAUUGAGUGCGGCCGGAUGACCCACAACCACCCCACAGGCUUCCUCGGGUCCCUGUGCACAGCCCUGUUUGCAUCCUACGCGGUGCAAGGAAAACCGCUGGUGCAGUGGGGGAGAGACAUGCUGAAGGCCAUUCCGUUGGCCGAGGAGUACUGCAAGAGGACCAUCCGGCACCUGGCAGAGUACCAGGAGCACUGGUUUUACUUCGAAGCUAAGUGGCAGUUCUAUCUGGAGGAGAGAAAAAUCAGUGAUGACACAGAAAAUAAAGCCCACUUUCCUGACAACUAUGGCAAUGCAGAGGAGAGGGACAAGCAGUCUGACCUGGGCUCUCUCCAGAUUUACAAGAAGUGGAGCUCAGAAGGCCGAGGGGGACGACGGGGCCACGAUGCACCCAUGAUUGCCUAUGAUGCUCUCCUCGCAGCAGGGAACAGCUGGACCGAGCUUUGCCACCGGGCCAUGUUCCACAGAGGUGAGAGUGGCGCAACGGGAGCGAUCGCCGGCUGCCUGUUUGGGCUGCUGCAUGGCCUGGACACCGUCCCCGCGAGCCUGUACCAGGAGCUGGAGCACAGGGCCAGACUGGAGGAACUGGGCGUCGCCCUGCACCGCCUGUCCACAGAGGAGAAGUAACGCGCGUCCGCGGCCCCUAGGGGGCGCCCUGGGCCCCACACAUGCACGCACCUGCGUGCUCGCACUUGAAACCCCGUGCCCCACUGGGGUGGGGUGGGGUGGGGUGGGGUG